UGCGUAAGGGGGAGAGGGAAGAACCGGGGAGGAGGUGGGUGCCCUGGGGGUAAAGACACUUAAAUCCGGCCGUGACUGUUGUUCCAUCCUACAUCUAGCGCACCAAACAUCACACACUCCUCUAGCGCACCAAACACCACACACACCGUCAUUAUUUGCCCACCCGCCCGUAAAUAGGUGGUGGUCUUGUUCAAUGUAGGAAGGAACUUGAGAAGGGAAGGGGGGGGGGGGGCGAGAGCGCUGCUGUGGUAAAGAACGCGGCUUUUUGUUUUCUUUGAGUUGGCUUUCAUUCCAGCGGCGAAAACAUCGCCGAUGAAUUUUGAUACCGGGUGAGUCAACACGGAUUGAGCAUCUGGCGUCGCCGCGAAACCCCGCGAGCGCGGUUUAAUGUGCGUGCAGAGUGGCGACACGUCUGUGCGUGCGUGACACAUUGCCACGGGGGAGACAAAGGCGGACGGGCGUGGUUCUGAACACCCACCUCUGCGUGCGCUUCGCUGGGUGCUCGCUAACGGCACUUGCCCCAAGAGACCGUCAAGUCUACACAUGGGAUCUUCGUAUUUGUAUGUGCAAGUAACACGGUCCAGUACAUAUGUUCAUUGCGCGAAGGCAUUGGAGUGGAGGCGAAGGCUGAGGCGACAGAAUCAAGGACAGGACGGUUGCUGUCAGCGACGUAAGUGUGAGUCGAGGCGACGGAAAUCGUGUAGCAGUACUAAUAAAGUGACGACGUAUUUGCUAACGUGUUUGUCACAGACCGCCUGACAAUACCUGGCGCUGUAGGCUCAGGUUCAAAGGGGCCAGGAUAUGGCAGUCAAGCAAUGGAUCAUUGAAACUAUCUGUGUGGAGCUUGGAGGGUUACCCCCAAGUAUGCGUGGGUUUACUGCGGGUUUUGUGUGUGUUUUUUUUUUCUCUCACGUGCACAACGCUCAUGGUGUUUUUUGUUUUUUGUUUUAACAAAUCCCGAUCAAGGAAUCUGCAGAUCCGAUGAUGUUUUCUGAUCACGUUAGUAAAGGGUGGUGCCACUGUAAUUGUUAUAUGCGCUAUUCCGUGCAGUCAGAGCGCAUUACGUUGUGAAAAGGGCGCGGUGUUACCACCUGUAGGUAAACUUCGAUAUAACUCUCUUGCUGGUGCUGUAGACACAUUUGACACACAUUUCUAGCGCACCAAAGAGUACACACAUCCACCUCUGUAGCGCACAAAACUCCACGCACACCUCUAGCGCACCAAACACGGCGCACACAUCUCAAACGCGCGGGCAGCGCAAUGACUGGCUGUCCCGGGCUGUCUCGUGUUGUUUGUCGCAUUCAAAUUGAGGCUACAGAGGACGGGGCUGUGAGUUGGAUGUGGUUGGCGAGCGUCCUUUGCGCACUCGUACGUCACAUUUCCAUAAUUACACUCUACUUCGCGACAGAUGCAUUCUGUCUGUGUGCAGCCGGCGCUGCUGUAAGGUGCGAACGAGCGUUGCACAAGCGUUGCACGAGCGCGUUCUAACGCAGGAGGGGGGUGCGGAGGCGUGGAGACGCCGGCUCCAACGCUGCUGAUAAUGCCACGGGCGCGUUCCCCCCAUGUACCGUCUCACUCGCAAAUUCAAAUCGCGCAGGAGAGCGCCGCGCUAUCGCGGGCGCAAAUUGGACGACGGACGCGCAAUAUUUACCGACGAUUUAGCUCGGCAAUGCUGAACUCGUGCAAAUAAAACCGGUAUCAAUUAUUCAGGGUACAGCAUUAGUCCUUUCUCGUAAAUAGUGCGCGCGACGCGCGCGUGUGUGUGGUGCGGUUAGCACUGCCUCAUCUUCCUUUCAUCUCCUAUCCCCUCCCACUCUCCUCUCUCGCGCUUCCCUCCCCCCACCCUGCUCUCCCCUCGCAUCACAUCUCGUCACGAGAAUGACGCCCGUCAGGUCUGGGAGCGCCUGGCGCACACUAGGAUGCAAAGCGCGGCUCGUGACACAAAUUGCUUUCAACGCGCGCACUUAACGAAGCUUUCCUGAGACUCCUGCCCAAGCCUGCCGCCCUGCCACCGCGACUCGGGGUGCUGUGCAGGACAGGGGUAGGCUGGCGUGUGUCCACGUUCCUGUGCCGCUCGCUUCGACUGUCUUCGCUGUCAUCACACCGAUGACGAGAAGCAGAGCACGAGGACCGUGAUGAUGGGAGGCGGACGAUGCCACGGGGACCCUUUCACUCUGCUCCACAGCUGACCUGCCUGCGCACCGGGAAGCAUUUCUUUAACGACAAAUCACUGGCAUCCAGGAGAAAAAACGUAGGGAUAGACCAAAGCAUCACGCUGAGAAGAGCAAGGAGAUUCGUAGAGCGAGUGUGAGCACCUACAAGCUUGCACGCGCAGGAUCGUUCACCAUCAUCUCCACUCUCAUCGACUCCAUAACCACUCUGAUCGUCAUAACUGUCUCUAUUCUCACCACUAACAUCUACAUCAUCAUUACCAUCAGUCUCACCACCACCACUUGUAUCAUCAUCAUCAUCAUCAUCUAUGUUAUCAUCACCACCACCAAGACAACUUUCAUCCCGACACGUGCUGAUGCUGUAACCAUCACUACGCGCGUUGCUCUCUCAACGAGGACAACAACAAAGUCAACAAAGUCAAGGCUCGUGGCUCCACUCGCCACCCCGGUGUCACAAUGUCCUGCAUGGUCGGCAUCCCCCAGUCGAGCGGCUUCUUUCGCCACUUCACAAAGGAGUCCGUGGCCAGGAUAGAGGAGCAGAUCGCCUGGGAAAAGGAGCGCAAGGCAGACAAAGAUUCCACCGUGGUUAUUGAGAAAGUGAAACCGCUCAAUUUCUUGGAGGCGGACAGGACCAUGCCAUUUGUGUAUGGGGAGGUUCCGCAGAAGAUGAUCUCGGAGCCGCUCGAGGACCUGGACCCCUACUACAGGAACAAGAUGACGUUUUUGGUUCUCAACAAGGGCAAGACCAUCUUCAGGUUUAAUGCCUGCAAGGCGCUUUGUCUCUUCACAGUGUUCAACCCCAUUAGGAGAAUAUCUAUCAAGAUCCUCACUCACUCAUUAUUCACCAUCCUCAUCAUGGCGACCAUUUUGACCAACUGUGUCUUCAUGGCUAUCAAUACAGAGCUGAAGGUUGUGGAGUACGUGUUCACCGCCAUCUACAUGUUCGAGGCUCUGGUCAAGAUUCUGGCUCGAGGCUUCUUCUUCGGGGCCUUCACCUACCUGAGGGACCCGUGGAACUGGCUGGACUUGGCCGUGCUUGUCAUCGCAUGUUUUACCAGCAUACCAGGUUUCGCAAAUCUGUCAGCACUGCGGAUGUUCCGAGUGAUGAGGGCGUUGAAAACCAUUUCCGUGGUUCCAGGCUUGAAGACGAUCGUCCGAGCGCUCAUCCAGUCGGUGAAGAAGCUCUCAGACGUCACCAUCCUCACCUUGUUCUGCCUCAGCAUCUUCGCGCUGAUCGCCCUACAGCUAUUCAAGGGCAAUCUGAAGAACAAGUGCGUUCGCUGGCCAAUUCCGGGCAACUCCAAUUUCAUUAACAUCUCACAGUACCUGGAGGACAAAGAUAAUUACUACUUCCACAAGAAUGUGCCACUACUCUGUUCAAACUCAUCGGAAAAUAAUACUUGCCCUGAUGGGUUCAUCUGCUUCAAGGCCGGGAAAAACCCAAACUACGGCUACACCAACUACGACAAUUUCGGCUGGGCUUUCCUCUCCUUGUUCCGGCUCAUGACGCAGGACUACUGGGAGAACCUCUAUCAGCUGACCCUGCGGGCGUCCGGUAAGGUGUACAUGAUAUUCUUCGUGAUGGUCAUCUUCCUGGGCUCCUUCUACCUCAUUAACCUCAUCCUGGCCGUGGUAGCCAAGUCUUACGAAGAGCAGAACCAGGCCACGCAGCAGGAAGCUGAGCGCAAGAAGGACGAGCUUCAGGAGAUGCUGGAGCAGCUGAAGAUCCAGAAGGAGGAUCAGGUCGCCAUGGCGACCGGCCAAUCACGGAGGCCCAGCUGCUACCGGAGCCGGAUGGCCUCGGAACAAUCGCACGGGAGCGACGCGGGGAGCGUGACGGGGGUGCUGGCGGUGCCGCGGGGUUUGGAGCGCCGUGACACUCUCCUGCCGGAGGCCUCCGAGAACGGCAACGAUCUGAGCCAGCAGCCGAGCCGCAAGGUGUACGUCAUGCACCCCGACGACCGGCAAGAGUGCGACAACGCCGGCUCGCUGCUGUCCAUAGUGAUGAGUGCAACUCCGCAGCGUGUGAGCAUGGGCAGCGUGUUCCGUGGCUCGGAUGACUUAAUGCUGAACGGGCGGCAGAUCAAUCGCGAGGGCGACACGGGCAGCUUCCAGGAUGUCCCCUACCAGCCGUGGCUCGAGUGCAUGCCGCUGGGGAGCGGCAACAGCCAGAGCAGUGAGGGGGGAAAAACGAUGGAGCACCUGGGAUUUGAAGGAACCAUGAGAAUGAGGUCUGAUUCUUUUCAGAUUUCGGCAGAUUUUUUGGAUGAUCCUAUCAGCCGGGAGCGUGCGAUGAGUGCAAUAAGUGCCAUUGAAGAAGAAGAGAAGAAGACCAAGUGCCCUCCGUGCUGGGAUAGAUUUGUCAACAAGUUCCUCAUCUGGACCUGCUGCCCGUUCUGGAAGAGGGUAAAGCGGCUGGCCAAGAUAGUGGUCAUGGACCCCUUCGCCGACCUCUUCAUCACACUCUGCAUCAUCAUCAACACAGUGUUCAUGGCCAUGGAGCACUACCCCAUGAAGCCUGAAUUUCAAGCGAUGCUGGACACCGGCAACAAGCUCUUCACCGCGAUCUUCGCCGCGGAGAUGGUCCUGAAGUUGGUUGCGCUCGAUCCAUUCUACUACUUCCAGCAGAAGUGGAACAUCUUCGACUCGUGCAUCGUGACGCUCAGCUUCGUGGAGCUGGGCCUGACCGGCGUUGAUGGCCUCUCCGUGCUGCGCUCCUUCCGCCUGCUGAGGGUGUUCAAGCUAGCCAAGUCGUGGCCCACGAUGAACGCCCUCAUCAAGAUCAUCGGCAACGCCGUGGGGGCCCUGGGCAACCUCACCAUCAUCCUGGUCAUCGUCAUCUUCAUCUUCGCCGUGGUGGGCGUGCAGCUCUUCGCGAAGCACUACGAUGAAAAUAAGGCGAUGCAGAUCAUUCCCAACGAGUGUCCCCUACGCUGGCACAUGCGGGACUUCUUCCACUCCUUCCUUAUCGUCUUCCGCAUCCUGUGCGGCGAGUGGAUCGAGAACAUGUGGAUCUGCAUGGAGCUCGCGGGCCAGCCGCUCUGCAUCGUUGUCUUCAUGAUGGUGCUCAUAUUCGGAAACCUCGUGGUGCUGAACCUCUUCUUGGCGCUGCUGCUCAGCUCAUUCUGCGCAGAAAACUUCACGGCGGCAGACGACGACACUGAGGCGACCAACAUGAAGAUCGCGCUGGGCCGCAUCCGCAACGGGAUCGCCUACGUGGCCUCCAGCAUCCACCGCUUCAUCUGCAAGGUGCUGCGCUGCGGGAAGGUGCCGGACAGCAGGCAGAAGAUCGACAUCGUCAAGCUGGAGCAGAUGAAAAAUGUCUCCGGGGGUUUCGCGGGCACGAACGGCGCGAACCAUGUGCACAACGUUGUGUCCAACGGCAGCAUGUCGAGCAUGGCCGUGCCCGUCGCCAUGGCCGAGCUCGAGUCCGACAUACCUGACCACGGAUCCACGCUCACGGGUUACUCCACCCAGAGCCUGGGCUCCAGCCUGGUGGAUGAGGCAAUGGAGGGGGAGGCGACUGACGGAGUGCUGGCGAGCGAAGAGGAGAAGACAAAGCAGCAGGAGGAGGAGGAGGAAGCGGAGAAAAAGUAUGGGGAACCGGAAAUAGUGGAGUCAGGACCUGGAGACUGCUUUCCAAAUGGUGUUACCCACGAAACAAUGGUGUCCAGCACAGUGGAGAAACUUGUAGCUGAAGCGACCCAGGGGAGUGGAGGGUGGAACAUGGCCGCCUCGCUCGCCAUCCACAACGGCUCCGAGCGGCUGUGCAAAGUAGAGCCGCCCCACGGAAACAGCUUGGUCGCGCGGAACUUCCCGUGUUGCAACGUGGACGUGAAGCGGGGCUGCUGCCUGCCAUGCUGGACCCUGCGGCGGACGUGCUUCACCAUCGUGGAGCACAACUGGUUCGAGACGUUCAUCAUCUUCAUGAUCCUUCUAAGCAGCGGAGCCCUCGCAUUUGAAGAUGUUUACAUCGAUCAAAGGAAAAUGUUGAAGACCUUGCUGGAGUACGCCGACAAGGUGUUCACGUUCAUUUUCAUCAUCGAGAUGUUGCUCAAGUGGGUCGCCUAUGGCUUCAAGAAUUACUUCACCAACGCGUGGUGCUUGCUCGACUUUGUCAUCGUCGGGGUGUCGGUGACAUCCCUAAUCGCCACAAUCAUUGGAUACGACCAGCUGACGGCCAUCAAGUCGCUGCGGACCCUGCGCGCUCUCAGGCCUCUCCGGGCCCUGUCUCGUUUCGAGGGGAUGAGGGUGGUGGUGAACGCGCUCGUGGGCGCCAUCCCCUCCAUCAUGAACGUGCUGCUCGUGUGCCUCAUCUUCUGGCUCAUCUUCAGCAUCAUGGGCGUCAACUUUUUCAAGGGAAAGUUCUCCAAGUGCGUCAACAGUACGGACGACAGUACGAUGAACGAGUCAAUAAUCCCCAACCAAAACGCGUGCUUGGAGCAGUCGCCCUCCCUGCGUUGGAAGAACCUUCCUGUCAACUUCGACAACGUGGCCUCGGGAUACCUGGCCCUGCUGCAAGUCUCCACAUUCAAGGGAUGGAUGGAUAUCAUGUAUGCUGCAGUUGAUUCUCGUCAAAAUAAUACCGAACAGCCUAGGUUUGAGGAGAGUUUGGGAUACUAUUUGUUCUUUGUCAUCUUCAUUAUAUUUGGAGCAUUUUUCAUCCUCAACCUUUUCAUUGGUGUGAUCAUUGACAACUUCAACCAGCAAAAGAAAAAGUUUGGUGGAGAAGACAUCUUCCUCACUGAGGAGCAGAGGAAAUACCACAACGCCAUGAAGAAGCUCGGAUCCAAGAAGCCCAGAAAGCCAGUGCCAAGACCGAAUAACAAGUACCAGGGAAUGGCGUACGACCUCGUGCACUGGCAGGCAUUUGAGAUUGGCAUCAUGGUGCUAAUCUGCCUCAACAUGCUGACCAUGAUGAUAGAGGCGGACGAGCAGAGCGAGGCGAUGAAGACGGCACUGAACAUCACCAACAUCGUCUUCAUCGGCAUCUUCACCACCGAGUGUGUCCUCAAAAUGUUCGCACUUCGCCAGUACUUCUUCACGUUCCCGUGGAACGUGUUUGACUUUGCCGUCGUCACCCUGUCCGUCUUCGACCUCGCGAUGGCUGACAACAGCUGGCUGUCCAACAUCGUGGAGCCAACUUUGUUCCGUGUGGUGCGUCUCUUCCGAGUCGGUCGCAUCCUGCGUCUCAUCCGCGGGGCGCAGGGCAUCCGCACGCUGCUCUUCGCGCUGCUCAUGUCGCUGCCGGCGCUCUUCAACAUCGGCCUGCUCCUUUUUGUGGUCAUGUUCAUCUUCUCCGUCUUCGGCAUGUCCAACUUUGGCUACCUGAAGCACACGGCCGGCAUCGACGAGAUCUUCAACUUCGAGACGUUCGGCGGCUCCAUGCUGUGCCUCUUCCAGAUCACGACGUCAGCCGGCUGGGACGGGCUCCUGGCACCGACCCUCUUGAGCAAGGAGCCGGACUGCGAACCGGAAGCCGUUCACGUGGGCACCAACGUCGUGGGCAACUGCGGCAACAAGGCCAUCGGCUGCGCGUUCUUCGUGACGUACAUCAUCAUCUCCUUCCUCAUCGUCGUCAACAUGUACAUCGCCGUCAUCCUCGAGAACUUCAAUGUGGCCACGGCGGAGAGCAGUGAGCCGCUUAGCGAGGAUGACUUUGAGAUGUUCUACGACAUCUGGGGAAAGUUCGACCCCAACGCCACGCAGUUCAUCUCAUUCACAGAGCUCCCUAAUUUCAUCGACAGCCUCGACGAACCCCUGCGCGUGCCCAAGCCCAACCAGCUGGCUGUGGCAGUCAUGGACCUGCCGAUAGUGGAAGGCGACCGCAUCCACUGCCUGGAGGUGCUCUUCGCUCUCACCAAGCGCGUGCUGGGUCAGGGCGAGGGCCUGGAGGGCCUGCGUGAGCAGAUGGAGGAGCGCUUCAUCGCGGCCAACCCCGAGCAGGUGAACCUCGAGCCCGUGACGACGACACUGCAGCGGCAGCAGCAGGAGAUGGCCGCGCUCAAGAUCCAGAAGGCCUACAGGAAGUACCUGGAGUCGCUGCCGCCCGAGGGAGGCCCCGCGCGGUUGGCGGCGCUACGUGAGAUGCGCCGCGCCAGCAAGGUCCGCGACCACAUCGCCACGGUGGUCAUGGCGAAACGUCAAAUGGCUUCGGUGGAGGCGUUGAGCUCGUCGGGCGAGGACGAGGGUCUGACAGCCGCCAGCAGCAACGGCAAGAUUUCGGAAAUCUCGAAAACUGGCUGAGCUCAGUUCUGUCUUUAAAAAAGGAUGUAAAAAUAGACGCUGCCAAGAGUGGAGGUUGUGAGACGCGACUGGGAUGAGAUCUUUUUUUUUUUUCGAUUGUGCUUACUGACGCAAAAUGGUAUUUAAACGCCGUGCUUAUUACUGCAGCUGGGAUUGAAAAUAAGAAUAUUAAAAUAAGCAAGCCAGUUAUCAGUGUUUGGCUGAACAUUUUACACAUUUUAUAACUUUUCCUGGACAUUUAUAUAUAUAAAAAACACAGAAUACGGGUUAGAUAGCACCAAACACUGGAACAGCAGAACACUCUUUAAAUGCAGAAUUACAUGUUUAAUUGAAGAUGACAUCUUAGUGAACAAAAUAGAAAUAAGCAUGUGAUUCGUCUAAGACCAGUAUCACUUUCUUUUAUACGUAUCCAUACAAUAUGUACUUGUAUAUCAGCUCAUAUUCGGUUAUUAUUUGUGUCAUAUUCAUCAUCAUCACUACCAUCAUCAUCAUCCCUCACGUGACUUGCUGUGCUUCCUCUAUAGGCAUUGAUCAAUGACCCAAGAUCACGCAGUGAUAGUAAAUGAGUCACAGCAACAUGUAGCUUCUUGAGAUGCAGGUGUUUCCAGUUGCUGUAUUGCAUCUAAAAGUGCAUUGUAUCAGCUGUCUGUUGCCAUCUCGCACAAUUAACCUCAACUCAUCAGAAAUGAGGCAGAAAAUAGAAAUAGCUCGACCGUUAAAAUAAUAAGUGACGUGCGUACCAUUUACCUAUUUAUUUUUUAGGUGCGCUGUCAAUAAGCUGACUUAAUCUGAGUCACGGCUCUUUGUAUUAAUACCACAAUUUGUAAAAUUGCGGUCAGCAGAGUGCAGAAUGGCAAAAUCCAUUGUUAUACUGUACUAUGAACCAACGUCUGAUUUCCCCACCUUUACCAAUCCGCACUGACCAGUGUGGUAAAGUAUGGUCAAGGAAACCCCAUGACCCUCUUGGCAUUGAUAAUCUGCCAUCCAGCAGUGGACUGACGGAAAGGGAUGUGGAUGUUCUAUAACCCAUUAAAAUGAGUGAAUGUUUACAGCACACAUCAUGUCACUUGCAGCGCCACUUCUGUGGGUUCAGAGGUCAAGAUGCUCGUGAGUGGGUGUGUACUCGUUCAUGGUUCUGGACUGUGGAAGCCCAGAGCCUGAGAAAGGGAUGGAGGUUGGACGAAUGAGUUUGCCCAUUUGCUGAUCACAGGGACAUUUCUCUCACCAAUUAGCAAGUCCUUUUUUGCUAUUGCAUAACCAACCACAAGGAAUGGUUCCAAGCCCAUCCACAAACCACCCUCAACUCCACUCAGCCUCUCCAUCUCAAUCUCCCACCACUCAGAAGACUGUCCCAUCAGCCGGAAUAGCUGUGCUCGUAAAAUUAUCAUAUGUUUUGUAUUCUCUUUAUCAUCAUCAUCACCAUGAUAUUUGUUUUCGAAUUGCAUUAGUAUGGUAACAAUUGCUAUAUUUUUUCACGUGUGCAUUCAAUGCAAUUUACCCACUUUGAAUGUUUAAAUAUUUUACCAUAAACAUUGCGGAGGGAAGAGGGCAUUAGUUUUUUUUUGUGGAGCCAAUAUUUUAUGUGACCUAAUGUUUGAAACAGCAUUUCAACAUUCAUCCUGUGUAUGCCACUUGACACUAUAAUGCCUUGGUUGGAGAGAAUAUAUAAACAUAAUGUUCCACCAUUUAUCAGAUACCUGGAAAAAACAUGUUCUAUCAGAUGAAAUGUUUUACACAAUUGUUUGUUAUUUUAACAUUAACUGUAAAAUCAUACUGUGCUCUAUUUCAACUUCUUAUUCUAAGUGCAGCUCCCAUAUGAAACCACAUCUUUGUGUCGUUUCAUUUGUUGGACUAGGUAACUACUGAAACCAUUCUCCACUUAAUAAAUUGAUCUCAAUGAUUUGCUGUGGAUGGAACAGCACCUCCUCAUGGAAUAACAACAGCAGGUACUGUCCCAUUUGACCAACCCGACGAACUUAAGGUGUGGCGCAGGCUAAAACUGUUACAUGAAUACAAAUAAAAUGUAAAAUUUUAUACAAAAGAGAACAUUCUAGUUCUGCGGUGUUUGGGUUAGGUUUACGGUGUUGGUGAAUGUAAAUUUUCGUCAAAUUGUUGGCAUAAACGUGCCGAUGUCUCCAUCGCAUAGUUGUUGUAAGGUGAACACCUAGCCUUCAAGGACCGUUCUUGCAGUAUCCCACAAUUUGGAUUUAGGUCUUCACGCUGGUCGCCAACUCCAACAACGUCUCCUACCCAUCACGGCCGCCUUCUCACAAUUACAUCCACAACACUUUCUUGCCAUAUUCUAUGACAAACUUACACGUUUCUUAUGUUCUUCUUUCAGUGAGUAUUAUAAUCCUUUGCAUGCACCUGAUUUAAAAUGCCAGAACUGUAUAUUCUGGUGGCUUUGAGUGCAGUGGACACAUCCAGUAUGUAAUAGCUUAUCCAGAAUGCCUCUGAGAAUCUUUAAAAAUUGCACAAAAUAUUUUAGUUGUGCAUAUGCAUUUACUACUUUUUAAUUUCUGCCAAUUAGAAAAAAAAUAUAUUAAAGAAACAUGCCACGUCCUCCAGCCACAAUUGUCCCAUUGAGUUGACUUCACCUGGGCAACAUAGUCCUUUCUGUUUAUAUACAACUAAGUCCAAUUACAGAAAUUCUAUUUUGUACUUACCUGGUCGUACAUACACAAUAACGCUUCUCAAGCGGUGACAUUUCCGUUUACUUUCGUUUAAUGUUUGUUUAACUGUUUCAUCAUCAUCAGCCUUACUUUAUCGACUGCUGUACGAAGGCUUCCCCCCAAAACGUUGCUAAACUCUCUGUUUGUCCGGCGACACACUGUACACGAGCUCAACUCAUCGCUCCAUCUGUGCGGUUGACAUCCUCUCGGGGCACGUUCCCUGCAUUGACUGCAACUCGAGCGUUAGUCUCAAUCCCGUCUAAGUGACACGUCCUGCCCCCAAAAUCCACCUUGUUGCGUGAACGUAAUGCCUCUGACGUCACCUGUUUGUUCACAAUUGUGUAAAUGCAUCGUUCUCAAAUGUUUAACGCAUCUUUGCCUUCGUCCGAACGUGUAUUACGCGACACAUGACCAUACUAACCCGUUAAGUAAGCUUCGAUACAUCGUUAAACAUUAAUGCGCCUAAUGGAUGUAAUAUACGUUUGAAAGGAGGCAUGCACCAUCUCCGAAAAGGCUGUAAACAUUUCAACACUCGUGUAUUGCAUGCGCAUUGAGGUGUUCCAUUUGCCUGGAGAGAAAAAAAAUAGCACAUCCAAUUAUAUACACUAUAGUAUAAUAAACAACAAUAAUUACGCGUGCAGAGAAUGAACCAAUGCCGUCCAUGGGUGGUAUUAGGGUUAUGACGCUCUUUUGACAUCUUAGAAUAGUUAAACGCUUUGAAGGUGUAUUUAGAAUAAGUUGCGCAAUUACACGUACAUAUACGAUCUGUCCAGGUGAUGCAACGGUCGAGCGCGUGGCUCGCGAUCGUAGAUUUGUCAAUUAAAAUCCUGGCCAGAAAUUGUCGCGCCCCUUCGUAUCUCCGGGGGUCGGAAAAACGGGUACCAAUUUGUGCGGAAGUCGGCACUGGUUAACCUCCGGAUAGACUCGCCCUGCCCCAUAGGAAUGUGGAAUUUCCACCACUGGCUCAGCGCUGUGCACAGGAUAUAAGUUGAGAGAGAAACCACCAAUUCUGUAUUAAGACAGACGAUAUGAACAUUUCUCUUGUGUAUUGGGUAUCGCCAUUAAUGAGUGAAAUCACUUCUAACGCUCACGGUACAUGCGACAAAUCGUGCGCAUAAGGAUCCAUUGGUUUUGAAAGCUCCAUACAGCACGUUGCAUGUAAUUGCAUAACGUGACCGCCUGCGGCCAGUGGGGCCGCUACUUUCCCCACAAGCACAACGUUUGAAAAUAUCAUUGGUUCUUUCCAUGACAUUCGUGACAUUUCAAAGGUGACGGGGGAGGUGGGGGGGGGAGCAUUGAACCACAAUUCCAUUUGCAAUUCAAAAUUGACACUGACAGGACCUUAAUAUGCAUUAAGUACAUUAGUAAAUAAUUGAGUGUAGAGGUACAGCAUUUCGAUACAACGUUCCCAUUGAUGAAUUGACAGCAUGAGAAGGAGAGAAAAAGCCGCCGUGAGUGUGUCUUGAACUGCACUACGCUUACGUGCAGAGACCUCCGCUAUAUAAUUGGAUGUACGAUGCUGUUUUCUAAAAGGUUACGUUCCAUGUACAAAUAUCAAAUAAAUCAUGCUGUUACAUUGUUUUCUUUCCCCCAAAAAUGUAAAACUUGUCGCAGCUGCAGACGUGAAAAUACAAAUAAAAAACAUUAAACGUCA